CAAGCUCAUUAUCAUGAAUACAUUUCAAUUCUUACAACAGAUUAAUAGGUUCAGUAACUGGCUUGUUCAAACGAUGACAAGCACAAUGAAAGUCUACAAAGAACCUCCCACAAAAGAAAAUUUUGAAACCCAAGAAGAAAAUCAUCAAAAAAAUUAUUCCGAUCAAAAACAACUGAAUAUAAAAUUGAAAUAGUAUGGAUCAACACGUUAUUCAUUUGUUACCUUCAUUUGGUUGCGUGUUACACUGCCAUUUUGCUGUUGACAGGCCAUGUUAUGAUAAAAACGUUUGUUUUUCAAAUGGUCUUGGGUGUGUUUUCAAGUUAUGGUAUAACAAUGGGCGCCCAUCGUCUCUGGGCGCAUAAAAGCUACAAGGCAAAAUUACCAUUAAAGAUCAUUCUGGCGUUUUUCAUGAGUUUAAGUUUUGUGAAUGAUAUUUUCACAUGGGCGAGAGAUCAUCGCGUGCAUCACAAGUUUUCAGAGACUGAUGCUGAUCCUCACAACGCAAAAAGAGGCUUUUUCUUUUCACAUUGUGGUUGGCUCAUGUGCAAAAAACACCCGGAUGUGCAAAAUAUCGGCGGGAAAUUGAGUUUUGAUGAUUUACGGGCGGAUAAAGUCGUUAUGUUUCACAAAAAGUAUUACGUUUUUCUGAUGGUACCAUGCACUUUUAUCAUUCCUACAUUAAUACCUUAUUACUAUUGGGGAGAAAACAGUCUAAUGUGUUUUUAUAUGACACUUUUCCGGUAUGUUUUGACUAUAAAUCUUGUCUGGAGUCUUAACAGUGUGUCCCAUAUUUACGGCACUCGUCCUUUUGAUAAAAACACUGCUGCAACUGAACAAGAUUUUAUGAAACUUUCUUGCCUCGGCGAAGGUUUCCAUAAUUAUCAUCACACUUUUCCCUGGGAUUACAAAGCAAGUGAAUACGGAAACGACUGGCGUAAUUCUUCCACGUAUUUUAUUAAUAUCUUUGCACGAAUUGGUUGGGCGUACGAUUUAAAAACAGCUUCACGCGAGAUGAUCCUCAAACGAGUCUUGCGUACCGGCGAUGGGACCUACGAUGACAUCGAUGAGAUCAAAACGAAGUUUAUGCCUACAAAUGAUCCUUUGGUCCCACAAUACUGGGGUUGGGAUGAUAACCACAUUUCCGAGGAGGAAAGACGUCAUGUUGAGAUUUCAAAUGGACCGUUAGCACAUAACUACGGUUAAUUUAACAAAAAUCUGUUUUUAUUUGUUUGCUAAUGCUAGUAUCACGUGUGUUUUGAUUCUGGUAAUCGGCGCAUAUUGCAUUAUGCUUAAAUCUUAUUGGUUUUUGCAUAAAUAAAUACUAAUAAACAUUAA